GGGAAGGGUUUUCCUGCUGCACCUGUAAGAAGGAGAAGAGGCAGAGAUGGCGCGAGCAGCCAAGAGCGCGGUGGUGAUGUGCAUGGAUGUCGGUCUGGCGAUGACGCACUCCCACCAGGGGGAGGAGACUCCAUUUGAGCUGGCCAAGAAAGUGAUGACGUUGUUUGUGCAAAGACAGGUGUUCGCAGAGAGUAAAGAUGAAAUUGCGGUGGUUCUCUUCGGCACAGACGGGACAGACAACUCGCUGGCAGAUGGAGAUCAGUAUCAGAACAUCUCAGUUCAGCGUCAUCUCAUGCUACCCGACUUCGAGCUGCUAGAUGAGAUUCAGAAUGUCAUUCAGCCCGGAGCUGAGCAAGCUGACUUCCUCGAUGCUCUGAUCGUCUCCAUGGACAUUCUGCAGAAGGAGACUCUAGGAAAGAAAUAUGAGAAACUGCACAUUGCAGUAUUCACAGACCUGAGCAGCCCCUUCAGUGAGGAUCAGCUGGAGAUUAUCAUCGCCAACCUGAAGAAAGCCGGCAUCACCCUGCAGUUCUUUCUGCCUUUCCCUGUGGAUGAAGAUGAGCCUGGAGAUGGUGACCAAGAAAGCGGCGGAGGAGACGCUGGAAGAAGACGAGGACCCGGUAAAGGGUUUUCUGAGCAGCAGAAGGAUGGCAUCCAGAUGGUGAGGAAGAUCGUGUUUGCUCUGGAAGGGGAAGAUGGCCUGGAUGAGGUUUACACUUUCAGGGACAGUCUAGAAAAGCUUUCCAUCUUUAAAAAGAUAGAGAGGAGGCCUAUGCCGUGGCCCUGCCAACUUACCAUUGGCUCUCAGAUUUCCAUACGUAUUGUCGGGUACAAAUCUGUAAUGUACAACAGGGGCAUUUAA